UUCCUCGGAUCUGUCUAAUAGACAACACUAGAUGAAUUAGCCUACAGCGACUUGGUGUAAGUAUUGUGUUAGAGUAAACGCAAGAUCCAAAAGAAAGCCUAUUUAAAGCUUGAGAAGAAAACGGAGGAGGGUCUCCAUUACACCCAUGAGAGACAUGGGAGGAAAUGAGAAGAAGAUUCUGGUGAUAGCCAAUGUGCCCAGUUAUGAAAGGUCAGACAAAAAGAUUUCUUGUGAGGAGUCUGGAAAGACGAAUGGAAAUAUGCCAACAUCAGCUGUACCUCCCCCCAUACCCAUGUCUCCCAUUGUUGAGAAGAUGGAGGGGCUGAAGGCUAUUCGCAACCGUAGCAACAGUCUUCGUUUUGGACGGCUAGCCUUCUACAGACACCUGGAGAAAGUGGGAACCAUGCGCUGCUUUUGGGAACUAAAACACAUCGAGUUGGAAGGAGGCAAUCAACAGGACACCAAGAAUAAAGGCAAACUGAAAUUUAAGAGCCUGAAGGCCCAGACGAAGAAGAGAUCACUGGAAACAUCAGACUCACUGUUGGGGCUGCCAGGACAGGUUGACAAAAUCAACAAAAAGAAUGUAUCGGCGACGCAGAGUGGAGAAGACACUGAAGACUCAGAGGAAGACUCAAAAUUAGAUAAUAAAUCAACAGACUUAGCCCCAGAAAAAAAUGGUGACAUGGCAGACGUGUCAUCUCAAGUCCCAAGUAAUUAUAAAGACAAUUCUACAAAGACUGAAAAUAUGUUUCUCUUCAAACAAGAGAGUUCUGAAGAUGUUGGUGAUGUGGCAUCCUGCAGCAAACGUCGUGUCACAGAAGAAAGCCUGGUAAAGGACGAUCUUAAAAAAAGUCGUGUGGAAGACAUUCAAAAUAAAGAGGCUGAUGAACUGGUGUUGGUAGGAGAAAAGCCACAACACAUUGACUCUGAUGCAGUAAAAACAGAGGUGGAACAAGAAAGAAACAAUGAGGAAUCUGAUGUCGACAAAUUCUUCAUCGACUCAAGUCCUCCACCAACAGCACCAUUUGACCAUCGCAUAGUGACUCCCAAACCUCAUCAAAUAGCCACCUACUAUUCCAUCAACAAAGAAGAAGUCCUAGGAGGAGGACGUUUUGGACAGGUCCACAAGUGUGUUGAGAACUCAUCUGGCCUGACAUUGGCAGCCAAGAUCAUCCGUGCAAAGAGCCAGAAAGAAAAGGAUUUGGUGAGGAAUGAAAUCCAGGUAAUGAACCAGCUAAACCACUCCAACCUCAUCCAACUGUAUGCAGCCUUUGAGUCCCGCCAUGACAUCAUCCUGGUCAUGGAGUAUGUUGAAGGGGGAGAGUUGUUUGACCGCAUCAUUGAUGAGAACUGUAACCUGACUGAAUUUGACACAGUGCUGUUCAUACGCCAGAUCUGUGAGGGACUGCAGUACAUGCACAAGAUGUACAUACUCCACCUCGACCUUAAGCCUGAGAACAUCCUAUGUGUCAGCAGGGCUACAAACAAGAUAAAAAUAAUUGAUUUUGGUCUUGCCAGGAGGUACAGACCAAGAGAGAAGCUGAAGGUCAACUUUGGAACACCUGAAUUUCUGGCACCUGAAGUCAUCAACUAUGAGUUUGUUUCAUUCCCAACAGACAUGUGGAGCCUUGGUGUCAUCACUUAUAUGCUACUUAGUGGCUUGUCUCCUUUUUUGGGUGAUGAUGACAACGAGACUCUAAACAACAUUCUGGCUUGUCAGUGGAACUUCGAGGAAGAGGAGUUUACUGAUGUUUCUGAUGAGGCUAAAGACUUCAUCACUCGUUUGCUGGUAAAAAGCAAAAGCUGGAGGAUGGGUGCUGCAGAGUCUCUCAGACACCCAUGGCUGUCAGAUCAGAGUUUGCACUACAAGUUGCAUUUGAAGAAAAACAAGUGUCAGGCCAGACAUGCACCCUCUGUAGAGUGCUAGACAGAAACAUUGUCAGCAUGGCUAUUGACAAUGUAGGGCCCUGAUGCCCAACACUGGACCAAUGCUGCUCUACCUGUAUGGCUACUAGAUAUCAACUGUACUCACUGCCUAGCAUCCCCACAUAGACUUGAAAUAGCUGCUCUUAUCUCUGAUUUGUAGCAGGGUUUUUGCUCUUAUCUCUGAUUUGUAGCAGGGUUUUUACGAACACAGAACAAAAGAAAUGUUGUCGUUUUAUAUUCUUAGUUGUAAUACAAACAAUGUAAAUAUUGUCCGAAAAAGUC